AUGCCGUUUGCGUCGUUCAAGAAUGUACAGAAACGCAAUGCACGAUUGCACAAGGAGAGGUCCCAACCAGCUGCGCGAUCGCAUUUGGGACCUUUGCCGAAAAAAAAGGAUUUUAUACUUCGUGCCAGAAACGAGGAAUUGAGACGAAAUCAAAUCCGGGAGCUGAAGCGUAAGGCAUUGCAACGGAAUCCGGACGAAUUUUAUUUUGCCAUGCAUAAUUACAUAACUCCAGCACAGAACUGCCACCUUCCCGUGUAUGAAAAGCGGAAGGGAAAGCGAGGACGUAGGCGGAAUAGGAACCCUAAGCACAAGGUCGGACGCAAAGGCACCGCCAAUCGCGCAUCUGUGAACAAACUUGAGUUCAAGCGUCACAGGUGA